GCCGCGGCCUCGAUUUGAUCGCACCACUCCUGGGCCAGUCACACGCUGAAACUUGAGACUCGAGAUUCUGCAUUAAUCCCUUCCAGAGCAUGAGACCGCCGACUGCAAGCACAUUUGCCGCCAGUGCGCGAUGGAGCAUACAACCCGUCGCCGCUGCAACACCAGCAACCGCAUACGCAAGGGCUACAUCCUAUAGACGGAUAUCGACAUUGCCUCAGACGCCGCAAGGCUCUGUCUCACGUACCUCCGUGCCAUUGGCGUCCUUGGCUUCACCACAGCCAUUUCUUCGCAGUAAUUUCCUGCCUCACGAUGUUCUCUUCCGCACAUCCUCCGCAUAUGCCCGCCACUUUUCUUCUCGGCCCGCCCUGUACGAGCAAGCACAAAAGCAGAAGGGUGUAAAGGACGAAGAACCGGCGCCGCAAUCGGAGGCUAAGAAGUCUACAGCCUCCGAGGGCAGCACUGCAGAGGAAGCCACAAAGAAAGAGGGCGAGGAAGCAAACGAAAAGAAGGAGGGCGGGGAGGAGGGCGAGCAAAAGGAAGGUGAAGAGGAUCAGAAGAAGGAGAAGCAGGAUGCACCUCCACCUCCACCCCACGGUGACAAGACUCCUUGGCAAGUCUUCACUGAGACGCUGAAGCAGGAAUUCCAGGCUUCGAAAGACUGGAACGAGGGAACAAAGCAAUUGGGCGGCGCGCUACACGAUUUCCAACAGAACCCAAAUGUCCAAAGAGCCGGCCAAAUCUCUGAGGCUGCAAAGACAAAGACAACGGAGGCAUUGAAAGCGACUGCAUCAGCUGUCGGUCAGGGUGCUGCUUGGACGUGGGAUACCAUGCCUGUGAAGGGCGUUCGUGCUGCUGCUAGGGUUACUGGAAGCGGUAUUGAAUACGCAACAAGACCAGUGCGACAGACGAAAGCUUUCCAGGCUGUAAAGGAGACCAUUGAUGAUGGCAGCUCAUCAAGAUAUGGUGGCUGGGUUGAAAAGGAAGAGCGCAGGAAGAGGCGAGAGUUGCGUGAGCUCAACGAGCUCAAGCGAACUGGCGGCAAGGCUCUUGGGCCAAUGGAAGAGGACCCAAAUGCCGGUACCAAUGUAACACUACACAAGGACGCAAAGUACAAAGAGGUCUGGAGGGAGUGGAAAGACAACUCCAAGCUCGCCCAAGGGUUCUUCAAUAUGAAAGCUGUCUACAGGGAGUCUGACAACCCCCUCAUUGAGACGGCUCGCAGCAUCUCGGACCGCAUCACUGGUUUCUUCGCCGAAAAUGAAACAGCAAUGGUCAUCAAGAAAUUUCGGGAAAUGGACCCCAACUUCCAGAUGGAGUCUUUCCUGACUGAGAUGCGCGAAUACAUCCUGCCUGAGGUCUUGGAUGCUUAUGUCAAGGGUGACGUCGCUGUUCUGAAGGAGUGGCUGUCGGCAGCCCAGUACUCCGUAUACGCUGCACUGAUGCAGCAAUACCAGGCCGCUGGUCUCAAGUCUGACGGAAAGAUUGUGGAUAUCCGCGGUGUUGAUGUUCUCAACGCAAAACUUUUGGAGCCUGGAGAGAUCCCUGUCUUCAUCCUCACGUGCAGAACCCAAGAGGUGCACGUUUACCGAAAUGCGAAGAGCGGAGAGCUGGCUUCUGGAAUGGACGAUAAAGUCCAACAGGUGACAUACGCCAUUGGUGUUACCAGGAUACCAGAAGAUGUUAACAAUCCUGAGACAAGAGGAUGGCGACUGAUCGAGCUGCAAAAGAGUGCCAGGGAUUACUACUGAGCUACUCACUACCUCGAUUCCUUUCUUUGCAUUUGCACUUGCUGCUGUACGACUACGUCCCCGUUCACAUCUUCACAUUUACGCUUCUAUUCUCCCGGCAUCUUUGGCGUCCAAAAGAUUCUGCUAUCUUGUUUUAUUAUAAACCCAGUCUUGUACGCUGGGUAGUUUGAUUUGUUCUCUGGGUCAUGGAAGUGGAUAGACGAGCGCUACAGAUGGGCACGGCGUUCGACAUGACACACUUCUCAACUCUGUAUGUAUAGUAUGACGAUUGAAUGGAUCGAUGUAAAGGGGAUAUGGUCAGCCCAAAGCAUGCAAAAGCAAAGGCUGUGGGGAAGAAUCCCAAAAUCGAUACGCAUGAGAU